AUUGCAUACCUAAGUAUAUAUAACCUCAAUAGCCCUGCGCUGCAAGGCCAAUAUUCUAUUCAUACCACAGGGUCUCGCCACGGUUUGAUAUUUUGACGAAUAUCCGACAGUCGAUAUGGUCAAAUUUGGACUUCUUGCUGCCGCCUUGCUGGGGAGAGCAUCAUGCUCGGCAAUUCCCAGAGACAAUGAAUCUGGCGACAACCUCGUCAAACGGGCUACCAGUUUCUGGUAUGCAAACAUGGACCACACCGGGUCGGCUCGCGGAUAUGCUCCAGACUUGGGAACCGAUACAUAUCCGGUAUACAUGGCAGUCAAUGCCGGUGACGGUGCUGGAAUACAGAAUGCCAUCAACGAUGCUGGCAAUGGCCAAAAGCGACACGGCGAAUGGUUGGCGUCUCAACCGAGAGUCGUGUAUAUACCACCUGGAACAUACGAAGUCAGCCAGACAAUUGAGAUGAAUACGGACACGAUCCUGAUGGGCGAUGCUACAAAUCCACCCACGAUCAAAGCUGCUGCCGGUUUCUCAGGCGAUCGACUACUUUCUGGACAGGAUCCAGCAACUGGAGAGUCAGGAGAACUUUCCUUUGCGGUUGGCUUAAAGAAUUUAAUUCUUGAUACCACCAGCAUCUCAGGAGGCACUGCAUUUACUGCGCUAUGGUGGGGUGUGGCCCAAGCCGCCCAGCUACAGAAUGUCAGGAUAGUCAUGGCGCCGUCGAGUAACGGCAAUGGACACACGGGUAUCCAACUUGGAAGAGGUUCCACUCUCGGUCUCGCUGAUGUUCGCGUCGAGCAUGGUCAGAAUGGUAUCUGGCAUAAUGGACAUCAGCAAGCACUCUAUAAGGGUAUCUACUUCUAUCAAAACACCAUCGGUAUGCUGAUCAACGGGGGUAAUACCAUCAGCAUCAUCGGCGCGACGUUUGACACCGUUGGUAUUGCUGUUCGACAUGACGGCGGAUCUCCAUGGAUUGCACUUAUCGAUGCUACAUCUAAGAACUCUGGCGUUACUUUUGUAACAUCAGGCUAUCCAUCAUUCAUUAUUGAAAACCUGACCAAGGACACCAAUUCGGAUGUCGCGCAGGUUCCCGGGAAGACGGCUCUAGGCGCGCAGACUCAUGUAGACACCUUUUCCUACGGUAAUACCGUGGGAAACAACCCUAUCUACGCUGCCAUAACCUCGCCAUUGAACCGACCCUCUGGUUUGGCACCGAACGGCAAGUAUCCCGUAAACGCUGCGCCCAACUAUGCGACGAAUCCCGUCUCGGACUUCAUCAACAUCAAAGACCCGUCUCAGAAUGGUGGUCACACUGUCCUGGGCGACAACACCAAGGAUGAAUCCGGGGUGCUGAACCAGGUAUUGCAAUAUGCGGCGAGCAACAACAAGAUUGCGUACUUCCCAUUCGGCAAGUACAGAGUCGACGAUACUCUACUGAUUCCUAAGGGUUCGCGCAUCGUCGGAGAAGCGUGGGCGACUAUCACCGGCAACGGUGACAAGUUCAAGGACGCCUCGAACCCGAAGGCCGUUGUAUCUGUCGGUAACGAGGGUGAUGUCGGUGUCGCUCAGAUUCAGGAUAUGAGGUUUACGGUCUCUGACGUCCUUCCCGGUGCCAUUAUUUUGCAAUUUAACAUCGCGGGCACCGCGCCGGGAGACGUUGCAUUGUGGAAUUCCCUAGUCACCGUCGGCGGCACACUGGGAGCAUCGGCGCUUGCAAACGCUUGCGGGGAUCCAAGCAAUGAGUGCCAGGCUGCUUUCAUCGGAAUCCAUCUGACUGCCAGUUCAUCAGCGUAUAUUGAGAACGUCUGGAAUUGGGUUGCGGACCACUUCACCGAAGGUAGCGGUGGGUGCAACAUUGCCGCAAAAGGCGGUGUUCUCGUCGAAUCCACCAAGGGGACAUGGCUUCAUGCGUUGGGAAGCGAGCAUUGGUGGUUAUAUCAGCUCAACUUACGAAAUGCGGAUAACGUUAUGGUUAGCUUGCUCCAGUCGGAGACCAACUACGACCAAGGUGACAACACGAAACAGACGGUGCCGGCCCCUUGGACAGCUGACGUGAACAACUGGGGAGACCCGGAUUUUUCCUGGUGUGGAGGUGGAGACAACCGGUGCCGAAUGGGAUUUGCCAACUUUGUCCAAGGCGGCUCGAACAUCUACACCUACGCGUCCGCUUCUUGGGCAUUUUUCAGCGGGCCAGGUUACCAAGCAUGCUCGGGAGAUUGUCAAGGUACCAUGCAUUGGAUUUCUCAAACGCCCGCGAAUCUCAAGGCGUACGGCCUGUGCUCGAAGAGCACUACGACUACGCUCCACCUUGGGGACGGGACUAAUAUCAACACCCAACCAGACUUCACUGGGUCCUGGGGAGGCUUAGUGGGCCGCUACACGCCAUGAAGGCAUGGUUCUAACUCCGUUACAACUCCACGUGCAUUUGUUAUGACGACAUUGCUGUACUAGUAUGCAUUCCUUCGAGGUAGCGGGUAGUGAAUAGGAUAUACAUCUCACGAUAAGCAUGUGAUUGAAUUGAAC